CUCCCGCCGAGGCAGCACGCGCCGGACGCUUGCCGGCUUUCAUAAAUUAAAAAAAAAACAAAAUUUUCAAUUCCUAAUUCAAAAGUGGAAUAAUUCCGAGGCGCCUUUUUUCAAAUUUUUAUUCUAAUGUUAAUUUAAUUUUAUUUUCAAAAUGGCAAAUUACCAAGUGUUAGUAUUAUUUUUCGCCGCAGUGAUAGCAUCGGGAACUUCAAACACACACAUAUUCGGCGGCCGAUGCUCGCGACGAGAUCCAAAUGUGGACGCCUGCUUGCUCCGCAGCUUCAACUCAUUCAUCGAAUACAUGAAAGGAGGUGCUCCUGAGCUGGGAAUCGAAGAGGCGGAGCCUAUUGUAAUAGAUGAGCUGUCCAUCGCGCUGGGUGGAGGGCCUGAUGGCUACCGGGCUAGCUUCAAGGACAUCCAAGCUAUAGGAGCUUCUAACAUGACCAUCACCAAUGUGAGGUCGGACCUCGAAACGCAUCAAUUCCAGCUGACACUAUUCGGGCCCCACAUCAGCGCACGCGCACGUUACCGUUCUUCCGGCGUGCUGCUGCUGGUACGCGCGUCUGGUGGUGGCGAGUACUGGGGAGAAUAUGAUGGUGUGAAAGCUAAAGUAUAUUUCCGUGGAGAGCCUUACACACGCAACGGUCGUACCUACCUCAAGCUGCAGCAGCUCAAACUGGACUUCUCCGUUAAGGACAUUCAGAUGGGCGUCGAGAACUUGCAGAAUAGCAACGCUGUAUUAGAGGCUGCCCUGAACCUGUUUAUAAACACGAACGCCCAAGAGUUGCUAAAGGAGAUGAAGCCAGAGUUGAAACGAGACUUGGCAGAGAAGAUGUCACGCUUCCUCGACAACGUGUUCCAGAAGAUUCCAUACGACGACUGGAUUGUAGACUAAGAAAUAGAUAACUAAGCUAAUCCUAGGUUUAAGACAGAAAUACAGUGAGACAUUAAAAUUGGUCUAUUGAUAGACAAAACAACUUCAAAAGUUUUUACGAAAAUGGUGCUCUUCGACUUGAGCCCAUCAAUUUGUAAGAAAACAAGAAUAACAACAAUUUACACGAAAAACAUUUCAAUGAAUGUAAAAUGUCUGCAUUAAGUGUAUUUUGUGAACAGGGUAAGGCUUUUGAUAACAUCAACUUAUUGUACUACUUCAAGAAUAUUGGUGCUAAUGAAAUUGGUGGCUGAACCAAUAACAAUUUUUAAGGAAAUUACAGUAAUUUAAAUUGUUAAGAACAAUACCCACGUGUUUGUAUUAUUAAUGCUGUAGACUGGACUUUAUUUCUUCUAUCUUAGUAUUUGUAAAAUGUAGUGAAUAAGAUAUUUAUUUAGAAUUCUUCCUAAAAUACAUUCGACUCGACCGCAUGGUCCUUUUGUAUUAUUAGUUUUACGUCUAUUUGUACAACUGUAAUAAAUUUUUCAAAAAAG